CAGCAGCCCGGUUUGGGGGGGCCGUGCUUGUGAGUAGCUGGCCACAUGGUUGAGGUUGGGGUUCCUCUGGGGGAGGGCAUCAGUGAGGCCAUAGGUGGACGGGGGUGACAAACUGAGCUGAGCUUGUGAAGGGGGCUCCCUGCAGGCACCCUCUGGGAGGACCACCCAGGAGCUCACGUACCACCAAUGUGAACAGGGCUGGGGAGCAAAUCUGUCUUUGGAGGGGAGGCUCCAGUGUUGCAGCGGCCACAGAAGAGGGAGGGGCAGGGGUCCAGUCCCCGCCUCAAACCUGCCCAGAGUGACCCCAAUGCCACCCCAUACUCUGACCUCUCACUUCUGACUGCCCGCCCUCGGCUGCUCAGCCUGCCAGGGAGAGGACAGGCGGCCAGCCAAUCCCAGACGCCCCAGGCCGCACCCCUGGCCAGCGAGAUCCAGGCGAGCGUAUAAAUACACCUGCCAGGAGCCCACACCCAGAGAAUCCAGCUGCCCUGGAACAGCGCUCGACACCCGGAGGAGCUCACACAUCCCCCUGUGCCCCACCUGCCUGGCACAGCUGCUGGUGGCUGGCCCUGGAGAGGAACACCUGCCAGGUAGAGCAUAGGCUGGCCUGCCCCGGGGGAGAAGGAGCCAGUACCACUGGGACGAGAGAGCACACAGCUCUAGCCUGGCUGUGCCAGCCGAGAGGUCAUGCCUAGGUCCCACUGACCUCAGCUACCAGGUAAGCCCAGCUCAGCUGGCCCUCACCUCUCACCUGCAUAGCUCAGGGUGGGGCAAGUCCUUGGGCGGGUGGGGCCUAGUGCCAAGGAACCGGUUACACGGGGUGCGCUGGCUGGGGGACGACAGCCUGCAGUCCCCCGGAUGCUGCUGAGGCUGCUGCCUAGCCUGCGGCGACUGCUGUCACCAAAACCUAGCGCUAUCUCAUGCCCAGAUGCCAGAGGCCCCCGUGACAUCACACAGUGUUGUCACCGUCAGGAGACACCUGAGCCUUCGUGGCAUGUCACUGCGAAGUCAUUGCACCAGCCCACCUGGAUGGACCAAGUCAGGCUCGGGUCAUUGUUGGGGGCCCUCCUGGGCUCCAUCGGGAAGGUGAUGGGCGAGUCACCCCCUCUCGGACCCCUAUGGCCGCCUGGGGUGGAGACCUGGGCUCCGUGGAGGGGCAGCAGGCAGGUCACCUGAGCCUCCCCAGGAAGAUAGAGGCAGGGACUCCUGUGAGAGGGAACAGGUCAGGUGGGGACAUCCCACUGCCUCCUGGCUGGUAGCUGUGGCCGAAGGGACUCUUCAGGUGCUGGGCCGGCCUGGAGAGGACGGCAGGGCCUGUCCGCCUCCUGCUCCCUGGGCUGCAGGCUGAGGAGCAUUUCAGGGCCGUUGUCACCUGCCAGACAAGCUGGCCCUGCAGGUUUGGGCCGUGGCUGGGAGACAAACCCACUUCUCGGGCCACAGCCACCGCCCUUGCUCAGGCCCUUCCCACCUCCUGCAGCCCGACCAGCUCAGGCCAGCUCCCAGAUCCUGACUCCCAACUUGCACACCACCUAGCCCGGCCCUCACCCUCACACAACUGACUGAAAUCUGAGUGUGCCCCAACCAAUCAGCUGCCCACACUGGGAUCCCUGGUAGACCCACUUCGCCUGACCUGGAGCCACACCCCGCAAGAGCCUAGGUCCCUCUGAGCUGCGUCUUCCGUGCGGCGGCUGUGGCGGAUCACGUGAGCAGGGCCCAGCCUGGCAGAGCCCAGGUGUAAACGGUACUGCUGUGGGCCGUUGUCAUCAUCACCAUUGUUUCUGACCAGUGGCACAGCCAGCCCAGAACAUGUCAGGCCCACGGGUGUGGCACCCGGUCAUGCCGCCUUCCAGCAGGAGCAGCCCCACAGCCACAGUGCCCAGGUCCCCCAGCUCGGCGAGCAGCCCCAGGUCCCCGGGCACCCCUGGCUCAGAGAAGGUGGCCUCCCCUCUGGAGUGCUCCAUCUGCUUCUCGGGCUACGACAACACCUUCAAGACACCCAAGGAGCUCUCCUGUACUCACGUCUUCUGCCUGGAGUGCCUGGCACGACUGGCGGCCGCCCAGCCCUCAGGCCGGCCGGGUGGCGAGGCGAUGCCCUGCCCUUUCUGCCGGCAGCCCACGGCUGUGCCUGCUGCUGGGGCCCCUGCUCUGCGCACCAGCCGCCAGCUGCAGGCCAGGAUGCCGGCGCACCUGCGGCGGGAGGAGCCUGUGUGGCUGGAGGGCACCAAGCUAUGCUGCCGCCCGCAGCCCUCCGCACCCGGCCUGGCAGCGCCUGGCUUCAUCAGCGUAGAUGUGGGCCUGAGCAAGCCCGCUGAGCCCCCUGUGCCUACACCUACCCUGGGCGCUGCCCGCCACCGGGGCCGCCUGGCGCGCUGCUGGGCGCGCUGCGGGGACUGGAGACGGGUGGCGCUCAUUACAGCCUUGCUGCUUGUGCUCUUCUGCGUGGUGCUGUGGCCCGUGCAGUGUGCUCUCAAGACGGGGAGCCUCCGCUGCCUGUCCCGGCCCCCUGCCACCACCACUGCUACCACGACCUACUCAUUUGGGUCCCUGGCUGACAACUAGGGUCACCAGCUCCACGUGUGGAUGCCCAGCCCACCACUGGGGUCACAGGUGUAGCAGGUGUCUGGGGUCCUGCCCGGGAUUCUGGAGGAGCCCCAGCAUCUCCCUACCCCACGGGGCUCACUUGCCUCCCUCUCUGGGGCUGGGUCGUAUGGGAUGGACAAAAAGGUCCCCUGAGCUCCCGAGAAUCACAGGUUCCUAUGGGUCCUAAGACCCGUCCCCACCUCCCAUCAUGGAGAUGGGGAAACGGAGGCCCAGGAGAGACGGCUUGGUGAGGCCCCUCCCUGUACACACUGUGAAUGGCCGGCAGGACCAGCCCCUUGCUGAAAACGGAGGAGGCUCUCCAUCUCCAUUUUUUCUUCACAUUUCACCACAGCUCCUUCCCUUGCCCAGGUGGGGCUGGCCCCUUCCCUUGGGUGAUCAGGGAACAGAGGGCAGGGGUAGGGUGCCCAGGCCCCUGGUGCGCAUCCCACCCUCCUGAAUUGUACAGUGUUAAAUAAAUUAUUUUGUACCCACUUUA